AUGUCUGUGGACGAGAAGCUAGCCAAACUUUGUCCAACUGAAAGCAACGAGUAUGGCUAUAAGCUUUAUGCAUAUUCGAAACUGUGCAAUGUGUUGAUGGCAAUGAAGCUUCACCGUGAUGAGCAUAAGAAUGGCAUAUCAGUUUAUGUACUUCAUCCAGGGACAAUGAUUGGCACAGAAAUCUCACGAGGUUGGAAUGAUUGGAAAAUUUCUGGAACGCCGUCUCGAGACCGUUUACUAAAACACUGUCACAAGGAGCUGCUACUACCGUCUACUGCGCCGCUUCUCCAGAAAUACUCGAUGUCAGCGGCAAGUACUGGGAAUCAUGUUGGGACGAUGAGAAGAACCUGGCCGUCCAAUUGGCGCGGGAUGAACAUCUUCAAAACGCACUCUGGGAAAAGACCGACAAAAUAUUGGACAAAUUCGAAAAGCAGUCGACAGCCAAUAAGGUUUGAGCCGUAUGCAUGA